UAUUUCCUUGCGAUAAUCAUCCUUUGCAAUGCCUGGCGGAAAGGGAAAGUCUAUCGGUGGAAAGGGCGGAAAGGGUGAUGCUGCGGGGAAGGCCCAGAAGUCUCACAGCGCAAAGGCUGGUCUGCAGUUCCCCUGCGGUCGUGUGAAGCGUUUCUUGAAGAACAACACUCAGAACAAGAUGCGUGUCGGUGCUAAGGCUGCCGUCUACGUGACCGCCGUGCUCGAGUACCUCACUGCCGAAGUCCUGGAAUUGGCCGGCAACGCCGCCAAGGACCUGAAGGUCAAGCGUAUCACGCCUCGUCACUUGCAACUCGCCAUCCGUGGUGAUGAGGAACUGGACACUCUUAUCCGCGCGACCAUCGCCUUCGGUGGUGUCCUGCCCCGCAUCAACCGCGCGCUGCUCCUGAAGGUCGAGCAAAAGAAGAAGGGUGGCCUCCUCGAAUAA